UCCGUCGGUUCGGCACAGAGUAAAAAGUGCCAACUUUGCGAACUUCGGAUCGGCGUCGGGGCGACUUGCGUGCUGAUGCCUGGACUGCCGCGGGGACGCAUGCACCGUGGCCAGAGGACGCGCGCGGUCGAUGGGAGGGCGCACAGGACAGAAGGACGGCAAAAAUUGCGAGAAGGAUUAAAUUGUCCCCUUUGAAACCGCAUUCUUUUUGCACGUGCAUUGGAGCGACGUAGAAUGAGUGGGGCCGCGCGGGAGCGGGACUGAGCGCGCGACCUGUGUCCCGGGAUCAAGACAGCAGCGGGAGACAGACAUGGAGCACUUCUUCCAAGAGGCGUACAAGCGCAAUGCGCCAACAUGCGAUGAGCUUCAGCCCGCGCCCGACGGCGAGGGUGGCGACGAGGGCGUGGAGGACAUGGCGAUGCUGGAGGAUCUGCACGACGGCGCCAUCAUGCACAACUUGUUCCUGCGAUACCGCCAAAAGCGCAUCUACACGUACAUCGGGUCGAUCCUGGCGGCGGUGAAUCCGUACCAGCCGCUGGCCGGCUUGUACGAGCGCAGCGCGGUGGAGCUGUACGCCCGUCAUCAUCUGGGCCAGAUGCCGCCACACAUCUUCGCCGUGGCCAAUGAGUGUUACCGCGCGCUGUGGCGGAGGCAACGCAGCCAGUGCGUGCUCAUCAGUGGCGAGAGUGGCGCUGGGAAGACUGAAAGCACCAAACUGAUUCUCAAGUUCUUGUCAGCCAUGAGCCAGCAUUCCCUGGAGGUGUCGUCCAAGGAGAGGAGUUCGCGUGUGGAGGAGGCGCUGCUGGAGAGCGGGCCCAUCAUGGAGGCCUUCGGCAACGCGCGGACGCUCUACAACAACAACUCCAGCCGCUUCGGGAAGUUCGUCCAGCUGCAUUUCAACCAAAAGGGAAGCAUCCAGGGAGGACGCAUCGUCGAUUACCUCCUGGAGAAGAACCGGGUAGUCCGACAGAACGUGGGCGAGAGGAACUAUCACAUCUUCUAUGCUCUGCUCGCAGGCGCCGACCACCAGCAAAUGGAGCGUUUGGAUCUCAGCCCGUCUUGCGCGUAUCACUACUUGACCCACUCAGGCGGCCCCCCAGACAACGGCGCCGACGACAGAGGCACUUUUCAAGAGGUUCUGAACGCCAUGCGGACCAUGCACUUCACCGAGGACAACAUCUGCGAGAUCCUGCGACUCCUGGCAGGGAUCCUACACGCCGGCAACAUCCACUUUGUAACGGCCGGAGGGGCCCAGAUCGCCUCCAAGUCCGCCCUGAGUCGGACGGCGGAGCUCCUGGGCCUGAACCCGGAUCAGCUGGCCGAGGUUCUCACACACAGAUCCAUGAUCCUCCGGGGGGAGGAGAUCUCCACCCCGCUCACCGUGGAGCAGGCAGUGGACUCACGAGACUCCAUGGCCAUGGCACUUUAUUCGCAAUGCUUCAACUGGAUCGUCCGCAAACUCAACGAUCGCAUCCGAGGGAAAGACGACUUCAAGUCCAUCAGCAUCCUUGACAUCUUUGGGUUUGAAAACUUUGAGGUCAACCACUUUGAGCAGUUCAACAUCAACUACGCCAACGAGAAGCUGCAGGAAUAUUUCAACAAGCACAUUUUCUCCCUGGAGCAACUCGAGUACAACAAGGAAGGACUGCUGUGGGCCAACAUCGACUGGACAGACAACAGCGAAUGUUUGGACUUGAUUGAGAAGAAACUGGGCCUCCUGGCUCUGAUCAACGAGGAGAGUCACUUCCCCAAAGCCACGGACGACACGCUGCUGGAGAAACUGCACAGUCAGCACUCGAAAAAUGCCUUUUACGUGAAGCCUCGCGUGGCCGUUCACUACUUUGGAGUUCGCCAUUACGCCGGAGAGGUGGUGUACGACGUGAGGGGCACGCUGGAGAAGAACAGAGACACCUUCCGAGAUGACGUCCUCCACUUGCUGCGUGACAGCAGGUUGGAUUUUGUCUACGACCUUUUUGAGCACGUACUGAGUCGCAACAAGCGGGACACGCUGAAGAGCAGCUGCAAGCACCGCCGACCCACCGUCAGCUCGCACUUCAAGGACUCACUGCACUCCUUGAUGGCAACGCUCAGCGCCUCCGACCCGUUCUUCAUCCGUUGCAUCAAACCAAACACGCACAAGAUGCCUGAGCACUUUGACCCAGCGGUGGUUCUCAACCAGCUGAGGUAUUCGGGCAUGCUGGAGACGGUGAAGAUCCGACGUGCCGGCUUUCCCGUGCGGCGACCUUUCCAGGAGUUCUGCUGCAGAUACCAAGUUCUGAUGCGGGAUGGUCUGACAGCGGCAGACGCCAGGGGGCGCUGCGCUGAGCUGCUUCAGCGCUACGACAGCAGUGCCACCGACUGGCAGAUAGGCAAGACCAAGGUGUUCCUCAGGGAAGGCCUGGAGCACCGUCUGGAGAAGCAGCGUGAGCUGGUGGUGCUGCGAGCCGCUGUGAUCAUCCGUGCGCACGUGGCUGGCUACGUGGUCAGGAAGCGGUACCGUCGGUUGGUGGGCUGCGUCCUGCUCAUCCAGAAGAACUACCGCGCCUUCUACUGGCGCAGGAAGUUCCUGCUGCUGCGCUGGGCGGCGCUCACGCUGCAGACGCGCCUGCGAGGUCACAUGGCCAGACGCCUGGUGAGACGCAUGCUGGACGAGAGUCAGGCGAGGAAGCGGGAGCAAGAGGAGCAAGAGGAAAGAGAGAGACAGCGGCUGGAGGAGGAACAGCUCGCUCAAGAGGCACUCAGGAGGCGUGAACAACUGGCGGUUGAGCCUCAGCUGGCCCAAAAACACCACUCACCCGACACUUGGAAGAAGGCCUUGGACGAGUCUUCUCAGACAUUGGGGCUAUUUUCGGAGGAGGCAGAUGACAAAGCCCUCCGUCCUCAGGAGGCCUCCCAGGUGGAGGAGAUCCUGCGGCUGGAGCGGGAGAUCCAGUCCCUGCAGAUGAAGAAGGAACGCCAGGAGCUGUCCCUGACGGAGGCAUCGCUGCUCCGCCUCCAGCUGCUCCGCGACCAGGAGCUCAAGCACUUGGAGGAUGAGGCCUGCGAGGCGGCACAGCACUUCCUUCGCUCGCUCAACUUUGACGAGAUCGACGAGUGCGUCAGGAACAUUGAGAGCUCGCUGGGCGUGGACGGCGACCAGGAAAAGGAGGAUGGGUGGCGGCGGGCGGACCGCGAGGAGGAGGAUGUGGACGAAGGCUUCGAGGCGGACGACGAGGCGGUUAAGGACUCGCCCAACCCCAGUGAACACGGACACUCGGACGGCCAGCGCACCAGCGGCAUCCGAACCAGCGAUGACUCCUCCGAGGAGGACCCGUACGCCAACGACGGCGUGGUCCCGCCGCCGCCCGCCGCCGUGCUCCUACUGGAGCCGGCGUGCGAGCUCAUCCCGCCGGACGAGGACUCGGAUUACGAUCGGGACGACGAGAGCGCCGUCGCGUCCGGCGGCAGCAUGGCAGCCCUCUCUAACGCUAACAAUGAGCGGUGGUCGCCCGAUGGCUGUCGCUCCUCUGGAACAUACAACAGCUCCGGGGCGUACCGCUUCGGCUCGGAAGAAGCGCAGUCCUCGUUUGAGGACAGCGAGGACGACUUUGACAGAUUGGACACGGACGACGAGCUGUCGUACCGCCGAGACUCGGUCUACAGCUGCGUCACGCUGCCCUACUUCCACAGCUUCCUGCACAUCAAAGGCGGCCUGAUGAACAUGUGGAAGCGGCGCUGGUGCGUGCUGAAGGACGAGACCUUCCUGUGGUUCCGCGCCAAGCAGGAGGCGCUGAAGCAAGGCUGGCUGCACAAGAAAGGCGGAGGAUCGUCCACGCUGUCACGCCGAAACUGGAAGCGACGCUGGUUCGUGCUCCGGCACAGCAAGCUCAUGUACUUUGAAAACGACGGCGAGGACAAGCUCAAGGGGGUGUUGGACAUUCGCACCGCCAAAGAGGUGAUCGACAACGCCGACAAGGAAAACGGCAUCGAUAUCAUCACGACGGAGAGAACGUACCACUUGGUGGCGGAGACUGCCGAGGACGCCAGCCAGUGGUUCAGCGUGCUGAGUCAGGUCCACGGCUCCACUGAGCAGGAAAUCGGCGAGAUGCACGACGAGCAGGCCAACCCGCAGAACGCCGUGGGUACUCUGGACGUGGGCACCAUUGACUCAGCGUGCGCGGCUGACAAUCCAGAGAGGCCCAACUCCUUCGUCAUCAUCACAGCCAACCGGGUCCUCUAUUGCAACGCCGACACGCCCGAGGAGAUGCACCACUGGAUCACGCUGCUGCAGCGCGCCAAGGGUGACGCCCGCGUGGACGGACAGGAGUUCAUCAUACGAGGUUGGCUGCACAAGGAGAUGAAGAGCAGCGUGGUGGGCGUGGCUGUGGGCAGCAAAGCCUCACUCAAGCUGAAGAAGCGCUGGUUCCUGCUGACCCACAACUCCCUGGACUACUACAAGAGCUCAGAGCGCGGCGCCCUCAAGUUGGGCACGCUGGUGCUCAACAGUUUGUGCUCGGUGGUGCCGCCCGACGACAGAGUCUUCAAGGAUACCGGCUACUGGAACGUCGUCGUCCACGGCCGCAAGCAUUCGUACCGCCUCUACUGCAAACUCCUCAACGAGGCCAUCCGCUGGGCCGCGGCCGUCCAGAACGUCAUCGACGCCAAGGCGCCCAUCGACACGCCCACGCAGCAGCUCAUGCUGCAGAUCAAGGAGAAUAGCCUCAACCCUGAAGUGGUGGAGCAGAUCUAUAGGAGGAACCCCAUCCUGCGCUACAGCCAGCACCCGCUGCACUCGCCGCUUCUACCGCUGCCCUACGGAGACGUGCACCAGGCCUCUGGCCCAAGGAUGUGCAGCACCCUACAGGAGGAGGCGCUGGCGGCCUUUGCGCGCCUGCGUCAACUGGAGGGCGCAGCCGACCCGGCGCCGGGCAUCGGGGCGCUCCUGCGGGCGUGCCGGGAGCCGCGUGCCCUCCGCGACGAGCUCUACUGCCAGCUGGUCAAGCAGACGGCGCGCCCACCCGGGCCCCACGGCCCUGCCAACCUUGCCCGCUGGAAGACGCUGGCGUGCGCCGCCUGCGCCUUCCUGCCCGGCAGGAGCGUCCUCGCCUACGUCCGCCUGCACCUCAAGAGGACUCGCGAGGCGUUCCCCGGCACAGAGAUUGAGCGCUACGCCGCUUUUGCGCUGGAUGCGCUGAAGAAGACGCGCGGGCGGGAGAACGUCCCCUCGCUGGAAGAGAUUCGGGCCGUGGUGGCGCGACGGGACAUGAGCACCACCGUGCAUUGUCACGGCGGAGGUUGCUGCAAGAUCACCAUCAACUCGCACACCACUGCCGGCGAGGUGGUGGAGAAGCUGCUGCGCGGUCUGGCUAUGGAGGACAGCAGGAACAUGUUUGCCCUCUUCGAGCAUAACGACACUGUGGAGAAAGCCAUCGAGAGCCGUGCCGUGGUCGCCGACGUCCUCGCCAAGUUUGAAAGAUUGUCCUUCAGUCCAGAUGAGCGAGGCGCAGACUGGAAGUUGUACUUCAAACUCUACUGCUUCCUGGACGUGGACAACGUUCCCAAAGACAGCGUGGAGUUUGCCUUCAUGUUUGAGCAGGCUCACGAAGCGGUGAUCCGCGGUCAGUAUCCGGCCCCCGAGGAGACUCUGCAGUUCCUGUCGGCGUUGCGGCUUCAGUACCUUCUGGGGGACCAAAGCCCCGGGGCCCACGUGCCUGACACCUCGCAGGUGUUCCCCAUGGCUCGCCUGCGGACCCGAGUGCAGAACUCAGCGCGGAGCUUUGCCCCGGGCGGCGAGCGCUCAGGGACGUCGGAGCGCAAGCGUUCCAGCUUCCUGGAGGGAACGCUGAGGCGCAGCCUGCGCGGCGGCUCGCUCGGCCGGCGCCGCUCGGACGCCGACAACGGGCUAGAGGCCUGGCUGAGGGAGGAGGCAGAGGCCAUCCGGACCGGCCUGCUGGACAAGUGGAGCAAGCUGCGCGGCGUCACGCGGGAGCAGGCCAUGCGCAAGUACAUGGCGCUGGUCCGCGACUGGCCCGGCUACGGAUCCACGCUCUUCAACGUGGAGUGCGGUGACGGCACUUUCCCGCUGGAGCUGUGGCUGGGCGUGAGCCGUGAAGCCGUCUCUGUGUACAAGCGGGGCGAACCGCGCCCCCUGGAGGUUUUCCCCUACGACCGCAUCCUGUCCUUUGGGGCACCGCUCUCUAACACCUACAAGAUCGCCGUGGAUGGACGAGAACUCGUCUUUGAGACUCAAACGGUGAUGGCCAUCGCCAAGCUGAUGAAGGCGUACGUCGGCAUGAUGGUGAAGAAGCGCUACAGCAACUCUCAGUCGCUCGGCGGCCAUUGCGGCGUCCGGUGAGCCCCGAGAACCGCUCCUAUCCAAUCACAUUGCCAACGGCGCGGGUGGUCCUCUUGGCGCUCAACUUUCUUGGCUGGACCAAACAUGACUCAUAAGUGGGACUGGAUGAGAUUUGGAAGGGGGACCAAUAGGGGACCGCAAUCAGUUUUUGCAACUUGGACCUCGCUUUAGAGAAAAUAUUUUAUUUACCGUCAUUUUGGAACUUUAUGAUAAGCACUCAAGCGCGUUCUCUUAGUCUAAGAGACUUUGAAAAGAAUGUAAAGAAAAAAAAACAUGUAAAUAAGCCCGUCUUAAACAUUUCAAGGUGGUCAUCGAGUGUUCUGAUUGUCUGACUUACCACGCAAAUGCCUGAUGAAAAAAAAACUCAACAAAAACAACCACUGUGGUUUUUUUCAAACGAUGAGUUGCAUCCAUUUGAACUUGCUGUGGCAAUGUCAAUAAAGCACUUUCUGCUCCAUGGUGACAUGCUAGUGGUGUUACCUAGCAGCUGUUGUCAUUUUAAAGCAGAACUUCUCAAACUUUGUAGGUCCACAAAGAACCCAAACGCCUUUUCAACAAGUGGCAGCACACACUUUCUGAUGUGCUAACUUGUCAACAUUUUCAUUCCUCCUUGUUCUGAAUCUUUAUCUUCAAAUGAACUGCCUAUCCAAACUACUGUGACCAAAAUGUUGGUUAAAAUCUGCUUUUGGAGAGAGCGUCGCUGUGGUUGCAAGCUUUCCUAAAAGUCCAGAGACUCUGCCACACGUCAGCGGGCCAUCCAAAGAGAGAGAGACACACACACACACACGCCUUCUUGUGCCUUCUUUGCUGUACAUGUAUUUUGAUGUCUUUGUGCAAUGAUUCUCUUCAUCUUUUCUGAUGCUGGCUGUACAUGUUCUUUAUUUUUUUUUGUUACGCUCCAUGAGAACUAUUUGGAUAAUAAACAAUAUUCUCACAAA